AUGAAUAAUCUUCGCCGAUUCAUUUCAACAACUCACUUAUUACGAACAAUACAACCUAAAUCAUGGAUACCACGUCAGUGCAAUAUGACCUCAACGGCGAUCAAUCAAUCUUUAUACAAUUUUUCUGAAGAAGAACGAAUGAUUAAAGAAACAGUUGCUCGAUUUGGUAAGGAACACGUUGAACCUUAUGUUCGUCAAAUGGAAGAAGCAGGUGGAUUCAAACCUGAAUUAAUAAAGGCAAUUUUUGAUCAAGGCUGGUUGGGCAUUGAAAUCCCUACAAAAUACGGAGGCAGUGGUUCCAAUCUUUUUUCAUGUAUAUUGGCGAUUGAGGAAGCUUCAAAAAUAGACAGUGCUUUUGGAGGUUUAAUUGAUUUACAAAAUACAGUUUUAAUGGCUAUCGAUGUUCCAUUGGAAUAUGGUGGUUCAGGUCAAACAUUUUUUGCAGUAACUCUAGCCAUUGAAGAGAUGUCAAAAAUUGAUCCAAGUGUAGGAUUAUUUAUUGAUCUACAAAAUACGUUAAUGACUCGACUUUUUCUCAGUUAUGGCACAGAAGAACAAAAACAUCACUACUUACCACGAUUGGCUAAAAAUCUCAUUGGUAGCUUUUGUUUAUCCGAACCAACAUCUGGUAGUGAUGCAUUUGCUUUGAAAACAACAGCAAAAAAACAAGGUGAUUAUUACAUAUUAAAUGGAACAAAAAUGUGGAUAUCUAACGCAGAAAUUAGUGGAGUAUAUAUUGUUAUGGCCAAUGCAAAUCCACAAGCUAAACAUAAAGGCAUUUCAGCAUUUAUUGUUGAUCGUGAUACACAAGGUUUACGUAUUGGAAAACGAGAAAAGAAACUUGGCUUAAAAGCAUCCUCUACAUGCCUUGUUCAUUUUGAUGAUUGUAAAGUUCCAGCUAAAAAUCUUCUUGGUAAAGAAGGCGAAGGUUAUAAAUACUCUAUAUCAAUGCUUAAUGAAGGUCGUAUUGGCAUUGGAGCUCAAAUGGUCGGUAUUUGUCAAGGUACAUUUGACAAAACAAUACCAUAUACCAAAGAACGUAAACAAUUUGGUCAACGAAUAUUUGAUUUUCAAGCUAUGCAACAUCAAAUAGCUUCAUUAGCUACUGAAAUUGAAGCAGCUCGUCUUUUAACAUAUAAUGCUGCUCGUUUACGUGAUGCUAAAUUACCAUUUGUCAAAGAAGCAGCAAUGGCUAAACUUUAUGCAUCAGAGUUAGCCGGUAAAGUAACUAGUAAAUGCAUUGAUUUUAUGGGUGGUCUUGGAUUUUCCUGUGAAUAUCCACAAGAAAAAUUUUUUCGUGAUUGUAAAGUUGGAACUAUUUAUGAAGGCACAAGUAAUAUGCAAUUAAAUACAAUUGCUAAGUUUAUUGACAAUGAAUAUUAA